AUGUCUACUUCUACCGUUCCAUCAAACACUCUUCCCAUUCUAGCACCUAUCAAACCUCGCAUUUUAUCAUCCGCAUCAACUAUUAGCGAUUCGGUUUUAUCUUGUAUAGGUGGAACUCCAUUAGUACGACUCGAUCGAUUCGCGUCUGCUCAUGGUUUAAAAUGUAAUCUUCUUGGUAAACUAGAGUAUUUCAAUGCGGGUGGAUCAGUCAAAGACAGAAUCGCAUUACGAAUGAUAAUAGAAGCAGAAGCAGAAGGCAAACUAAUUCCAGGACACAGUGUAAUUAUUGAACCUACAAGUGGUAACACAGGUAUUGGUUUAGCAUUAGGAGCCGCUGUAAAAGGGUAUAAAUGUAUAAUUGUUUUACCAGAGAAAAUGAGUCGAGAAAAAAUCAAUACGAUGAAAGCUUUAGGAGCUACAAUUGUUCGUACACCUACUGAAGCUGCUUCUGAUAGUCCUGAAAGUCAUAUCUCAGUAGCUGCUAGACUUGAGAAAUCGAUUCCCGGUGGGAUCAUUUUGGAUCAAUACACAAAUCGAUUUAAUCCAUUGGCACAUUAUGAUACAACUGCAGUGGAAAUCAUUGAAGCUAUCUCAAACACGCCUACACUUGAAGGACGUCAGUCAAGUGGAAAAGUAGAUUUAUUAAUCGCAGGAGCAGGAACAGGCGGAACCUUAGCAGGUGUUAGUCGAAAGCUCAAAGACCAUUAUGGAUCAGAAUCAGUUCAUACAAUUGGUGUGGAUCCAGUUGGUUCAAUCUUAGCUAGACCUGAAAGUUUGAAUGUAGGGGGGAUUGCAACUUAUAAAACAGAAGGUACUGGUUAUGAUUUUAUACCCGACACAUUAAAUUAUGAAGUCAUAGAUCAAUGGAUGAAAACUAAAGAUGAAGAGGCCUUUAGUUCAGUUAGAGAAUUGAUCAGAGUGGAGGGAAUCUUAUGUGGUGGGUCUAGUGGUCAAACUGUUGCAGCUGCAUUACGGUAUCUAUCUCCUGGUGGAGAAGGUUGGGAAUCUUAUGGAAAGGUAGAGAAUAAGAACGUCGUCUUGAUCUUUGCUGAUUCUAUUAGGAAUUAUAUUACGAAAGAUUGGUUGAUUGAAGGAACUGAUGCUUCUGAAACCACUGAAGCUGAUCUCGUAGCCAAUCUUGCGUCUUCGGAUUCAACUUGA